CCUCUACAUUGUACUUAUGAGCGCUGCCCUGGUUAUGGCCUCUGGUCAGGAAGCUGAUUUCAAAUACAAUCUCCUAGAGGAAAAACCAAAUGGCACCUUUGUGGCUAACAUUGCGUCAGAUGUUCGUCCCAGGAUCAACGUGACAGAUACUGUGUUCAGUAAGUUACGGUAUCAACUCCUCACUGAGGGUAAUGUAUACGCCAAACUCUUCUCUCUCAAUGAACAGAGUGGUCGUUUGGAGGCAACCAAGAUUGACCGUGAGACAGUCUGUCAGAGUAUAGAAAUCUGUGACCUUCGGAUGUCCGUUGCAAUCUUUAAGGCUGACCCUGACUUCCCAAAUAAUCCAGACCUCAUCAAAUUGCUCCUUGUUGAUGUAAUUAUUCAAGAUAUCAAUGAUCAUCCACCAGUCUUCACUCCUUCUGAGGUGGUGGUCUCCAUCUCUGAAACUGUCAGCAUCGGGUAUGUUAUACCAAUUGAUGAAGCUACGGACCAGGAUAGUGGAACCAAUAACUCGAUACACACAUACGAAUUUGUCACAGACCAGGAUGUGUUUCGUUUAAAAUUUCCGACAGACCUAAAUAAUAAUCCCACUUUGGAGAUAGAGGUGAAUAAACAGUUGAAUUACGAAUCAGAUAAACAUUACCAGUUAGUGAUCGUAGCUAAAGAUGGAGGUUCUCCUCAGAGGAGUGGCAGUGUGACAAUUCAUGUUAAUGUGCUGGACGAGAAUGACAAUUCACCUGAAUUCACCAAGCCGGAGUAUACAGCUGUAACAGUUGAGAACCGAGGCCUGGGUGACAUUGUUACCCAGGUAACAGCCAGGGAUUUGGACUCGGGUGUCGAGGGUACCGUGUCCUAUCGCUUCAAUCCCAGCUCCAAACCUAGCGUGUUUGGUAUUAAUGGUACUUCUGGUGAGAUAUAUGUAACGGGAGAGAUCGACUAUGAGGCAGAUCAGAGCUUUUCUUUUUUCGUCCAAGCUGUCGAUGGCGGAGCUCAGCCACGUACCUCCUCCGCAUUGGUAGUCAUCACAGUGACAGACAUCAAUGAUAAUGCACCACAGGUAAACAUCAACCUGCCCCCUGGUGGAGAGGUUAUUUCUGAAGCUGCAGAAGCAGAUCGUUACAUUGCCAAUGUGGCUGUGUCAGACCCUGACAGUGGAGCAUAUGGAAACGUGACAUGUCAAUUACAUAAUGAUUACUUCAAAAUGGAGACACUUUAUGUCAACAUGUACAAAGUGACCCUGAAACAAAGGCUGGACCGAGAGACUCUGGCCACUCACAACAUCAGUGUGGUCUGUGCUGAUGGAGGUUCACCCAACCUUGUCACCAUCACUAGUUUCCUAAUCCAUGUCGGUGAUGUCAACGACAACCCUCCGAUUUUCACGCACACUCAAUAUAAUGUAUCAUUGUAUGAAGAUAACCAAAUAGGGGCACCUGUCACCAUAGUAACAGCUGAGGACAAAGAUGAAAGAGAGAAUGGCAGAGUCACCUAUAGUCUAUAUGGAAACGAAGAUGAUUUAUUUUCCAUAAAUUCAGAUUCUGGAGUGAUCAGUGCUAAUGUUGUGUUUGAUAGAGAAACUAACUCUCAGCUGGAGUUUCUAGUGGUAGCCACGGACAGUAAUACUGUAACUAAGUACAGUGCUACAGCUACUGUUCUGGUGACAGUUCGUGAUAUCAACGACAAUGCACCAUCAUUUUCAAAGGAAAUGUACUCGUUUACAGUACAGGAGAAUCAAGCUCCGGGUACUGUGAUUGGUCGAUUAUAUGCCUACGAUAGAGACAUUGGUGCCAAUGGUAAGAUUCACUUUCCUCCGACUCAUCCAUACACCAGUAUCUUUGAGAUCAUUCAGAGCACUGGUCAGAUCCAAACAAAAGUUGUUCUUGACCGUGAGACUCAAGGUGUGUAUGAUUUCCAUGUGACUGCUGAGGACAGUGGUCAGCCUGCUCUACAGGUGACCACCAAUGUAGUAAUUGUUGUACAAGAUGUCAAUGACAAUGUACCUAACGUAACUUUCCCGACUGAUGUCAACAACACUGUCACCAUACUACCUGGAAAGGCCAAGGGUACACCAGUUGCUAAGGUGAUGGCGACUGACCCAGACGAGGGGGUCAAUUCGGAACUUUCCUAUUUGGUAAUGAAGGGUGCCAGUGGUCUGUUUCAUGUUGAUAACAGGACAGGUGUGGUCAGUCUUCGACAGGAUAUCACAGAGAACCACAUAGGAACAUAUACUGUACUACUGGCAAUCCAGGAUUCCGGCACCCCUAGUCAGACAACCUGGUCCAACCUUGUAAUCAUCGUCAGCAACCCUGAUGCCAAUAAGAAUGUCAUCAUUGUCAUAGCUGUAAUAUCUGUCACUGUGACUUUGUCUCUGGGCAUGAUCAUUAUGAUCUGUCUUAUUCGACGCCAAGACAGCAAAAAUUUUGACAAAGGGGACAGUAAAAUGACUGACCAUAAGAAAAAGUUUGUGUUGGACUGGCUUCAUUGUCUAUCGACCUCCACACGAGAUGUCCACAAAAUUGGCAACGAUAGGCCUGAUGUUCAACUCAACCGCCCCACGGAUCUGAAACCAAUAUGCUCCAAUGAUAGCACAGCAUCGGAAGGAAGCCAAGACUGUAAGAAUGAAUCCAAAGAGAACAUUGUGCGAACAGAAGAAGAUGAAGGAUUUGUAGAGACACCUGGUGGCACUUUGUCACAUGACAGUGGCCGAGGUGACAGUGUCCGUACACGUCAUGACAGCUCAAUGAGUCAACAAGAACUAAUGAUGAGUCAAGAUUCCAGACAGUUUUACUCAUUACCAAGGUACCCUACAGGACAUGGAGAUACUCUGAAUGACACACGAUUUUCCACAGCCACAUCAGAUGGUGUUUCUAUACCAGAGAGCUGGCAACACAGACCUGUACCUCCACGGCCAGGUUACAACAGAAAUUUCAGUCUAGAUGAGCAAAUGUUACGAGAAAGGCAAAAUAGCCAAACAAUGUCCAGUUUUCGUGAAGAUGCUAGAUUUUCUUCCACAGACUCUUCCAUAGUACCAGUGGGUAGGAACCAUAAACAGACCAAUCCAAUAGAGCUAGGAUUAUCAUAUGAUAGUCAUACAUUACACAGACAUUUAGCGGGGCAGUAUCCUCGACCUUCAAACGCCACUUCUACAAAACUGGCUCAAAAGCGAACACUUUCCCCAAUCAGUGCGACCCCUGAGCCAAGUGAGGCUGGCUUCUCUAGCUCGUCGUCUUCCUUCACCCCCAACCCCCGAUCUCCCUCGCAUCAGACAUACUCUGGAGUUCAUUUCUUUAAGUCCAGUGGUCAAUCACAAACUGGAACAUCAUUGAACAGUUUCAGACAGGACUCAUUACAGCUGGAGAGUGAUAUAGAGAGCCGACUCAAUCGGGAAGAUUGCAUAGUGUAACUGGUCAAACCAAAAUUCCCUGACAUAGUGUAACUUGUCUGUCUCUAAAAGCUGUUGUCGAAACAAGAAUCUCCAGACCUUGGAACUGUGACCUUGUCAAUGACUUAAUGACAAGUUUGAAAUGGAUGAGGGAGUGGACUAAGGAGGCAGGCCAAGG